AUGAGGACCUUCACGCGUUUUGUGGAGACUGGCCGCGUGGCCAAGUGCGCCAGUGGAAAAUACAAGGGACGCCUCGUCGCUAUCGUCAAUGUGAUUGACCAGAAUCGGGUACUCAUCGAUGGCCCAAUCACCGGUGUGCCCCGCCAGCAGUACCCCGUGAACCACCUGCAUCUGACCAAAUACCGGGUUAAGUUCCCAUACACCGCCAAGACCAAGGUGGUCCGCAAAGCGUUGGAAGCCUACAACCUGAAGGAGAAAUUCUCUACCACCAGAUGGCAGGAACGUGCGGCCUCCAAGGCUAAGCGUUGUAAUCUGACCGACUUCGAUCGGUUCAAGCUGCGCCUGGCCCGUUCGGAGCGUAACCGCAUCGUCAGCACCCAGUUCAAGAAGCUGAAGAAGGAGGUCGUCAACAACGGUAUGCUGUUCGGUAAGCCAGUCAAGGGCACGAAAUCACUGCCGAAGCGACGCAAUCCCCUUCCCAAGAAGGAGGGCAAGAAGAAGCGCGUCCGGAAGACCAAGAAGGCCCCGGCCAAGAAGUAAAAAACAAAAAUUGGGGGUGAUAAAUUCGUGCGGAUGUGUGUACUGAAGAAAUGGGAGAAGAAAUAUACAUAAUUAUAAAAAAGUAAA